UGAGGAAAUGACUAUUCUGGAGAACAUCUGCUGUGGUCCGGUGCAGUGGCGUAGCGGGCGUUUUGGCCGCCCUGUGCGGUAGCCAAAUUCGACGCCCCCUUCAAGGAGGAUUUCCUACUGGACCUGUUUUACUGUCUAUGGUCUUAGCCAAUGAGAUUGCGACGGAGGAGGGACUUGACAGGUCGGUCUGUCGCGUUGAGGAAACGGGGGCUUCAGAACUUCUCCAAACAAAAUGCCUUCAGGGAAGAUCUGCGGACUGACGGUGAAAGAUGUGCGCUUCCCCACGUCCCUCGAGCAGCACGGCUCCGACGCCAUGCACACCGAUCCCGACUACUCCGCCGCGUAUGUCAUCAUUGAGACGGACUCGGGGAUGCGGGGCUUCGGCCUCACCUUCACCGUAGGGAGAGGAACGGAGAUCGUGGUGUGUGCUGUGGAGGCUCUGCGUCCGCUGGUUUUGGGAAAAAGUCUGGACGAAAUUACUGCCGACUUCAGGAGCUUCUACCGACUCCUCACUAGUGAUGGACAAAUGAGAUGGGUUGGCCCAGAGAAGGGGGUGAUUCAUUUGGCCACAGCAGCGGUGCUGAAUGCUGUGUGGGACCUGUGGGCACGAGCUGAAGGAAAGCCUGUGUGGAAGCUGCUUGUUGAUAUGGAGCCUGAGAAGUUGGUUUCAUGUAUCGACUUCAGAUACAUCAGUGAUGCCCUGACUGAAGAGGAGGCUUUGGACAUACUCCACAAGGGUCAGGAGGGUAAACAGCAGAGAGAGGAGGACAUGUUGAGGGAGGGCUACCCAGCUUACACCACCUCCUGUGCCUGGCUGGGAUACACAGAUCAGCAACUCACACAGCUCUGCUCCAAGGCCCUGGCUGAUGGUUGGACAGCGUUUAAAGUGAAAGUUGGGGCGGAGCUUGAUGAUGAUAUUCGCCGCUGCCGUCUGAUUCGCCAGAUGAUCGGCCCUGAGAAGUUCCUGAUGAUUGAUGCCAACCAGCGCUGGGAUGUGGGCGAGGCCGUUGCCUGGGUAACGCACCUGUCAGAGUUCCAGCCACUGUGGGUCGAAGAGCCCACCUCUCCUGAUGACAUCCUCGGCCACGCCCACAUCUCUAAGGCUCUUGCACCGCUGGGUAUAGGAGUAGCCUCUGGAGAACAGUGCCAUAACAGGGUGAUGUUUAAGCAGUUCCUCCAGGCGUCAGCGCUGCAGUUCGUCCAGAUUGACAGCUGCAGAGUCGGGAGCGUCAACGAGAACUUGGCCAUCCUGAUCAUGGCUAGCAAGUUUAAUGUCCCUGUGUGUCCCCAUGCGGGGGGUGUGGGCUUGUGUGAACUGGUGCAGCACCUCAUCCUCUUCGACUACAUCUGUGUGUCCACCAGCCUGGACAAGAGGAUGUGUGAAUAUGUAGACCAUCUACAUGAGCACUUCAAGAACCCCACACUCAUCAGAAAUGCUCACUAUAUGCCUCCUGUGGUCCCAGGGUUCUCCUCUGAGAUGGUGGAGUCUUCUGUGGACAAACACACAUAUCCUCACGGGGAGGUGUGGAGGAGCAUGAAUCAGCUGUGACUCUCUCUCACACACUCACACACACACACACACA